AAACAUGUACCUUCUCCUACCACUGGAGUCAUCAAAUGUCUCUAGUGAUGAACCUUGGAGAAUUAAUUGGAUGGGAAUCAAUUCUUGUGUUUCUGUGGUAGAAUUUUUGAAAGAAAAUGCUUGGUUAAGCGCUGAGCAGUCUAGUGGUGAUAGGGGAAAUUCAUCAGUUCAUGGCAUGAACUCAAUUGAGUCUGAAUGCAAAGCCACAAAUGUCAUCCACCUGGCCAAUAAAUCAAUUGAUACCAAAAACCUCAGGGAGAUGGUGGUUUUGGCAAUUCACACGGGGAGAAUUUACUCUGUCUUACAUGCCGUUGAUAAUACAUCUGCUGAGAGUCCUUUUGAUCGGAACUCUGAUGCAAUCCCUUCUAGUUAUUCAUCCUUUGCAGAGUACUUUAGCAAAAAGUAUGGGAUUACACUAAUGCAUCCUGGACAACCUUUGCUACUGCUAAAGCAAAGUCACAAUGCACACAACCUUCUUGUGGAUUUUAGGAAUGAAGGUUUGCUCACUUGCAUGUUAAACUUUUGUUAGAACAAAGAAGCUUUCGUAUUGUGCCAUCCCUGUGUUCUGUUGUUUUACUGUCAGGAUUUAUAUCAAAUCUAUGGUUCAUUUCCAUUGUUAUAAGAUUUUGUAAGUUGCUUUUAAAUGUGUAAUUUAUUAAUUUAUCUUGUUCUUUCAGUGCAAAAUGUGUUCUAAGACUUAUGGAGACUACGUAAUUAAAUGUUAUGAGAAUCCAAUAGCUCUCUCUCUCUCUCUCCUGAUGUUUGUAAAUUGGUUGAAGAGGUAUUCAUGAUUUUAAGGCUUGGUAUCUAGGCAGCAUGCAUUUACAAGGGUUCUUACGUUCUUAGGCAGAGGAAAUGCCCUUUUAGUGGAAUUCUGCAUAUAUGAAAAACAAUUACGACUUUCAGAACUAGCAUUUAAAAACAGUAGAAUAGUUUGAAAAAGUUGAGAUCAAGUACCCAUGAAUGUUAUAUGCCUUUGGAUCUCAUUCCAUCAAUACUAUCAGUAUAAGUAAACAGAAGACAAUUCUAUAGCUUAUCUCAUUGCAUCAAUACUAAUUUACCGUGCUUUGCAUGCCAUAUUCUAUUUGUCAGUUUAGUUCUUUUUGUUCUUUCAAUAUUUAGCUUUCAAUUGAUGACUUAGCUCUCACAAUGUUGGGGUUUAUGAAUAACAGGGCAGCAGCACCUGCAGCUAAGAACACAGGUAUUCAUAAGUAAAUACUCGGUGUAAUUGACUUACAAUAUUCACAUUGUGUGAUUAAUGUGUCCUGUUGUGUGGUAAUAAUGAAAAAGUGAAGUUGAUAAUACUC